AUGGUGGAAGGCUUAACUGAGCUUGUUGCGGCAUCUGGCAUAUCUGUACCAGCCCGUGCCAAAUUUGUCGGUCGCUUCAUGGCAUACACAACAUUCGGAGCGGUCACUUUUGGUCUUGUGUGUGGACAGCUGAGCGUCAUGCUCGCUGUGGGCCCGCUGAUCCCGUUCAUGUGGGGAGCAUGGACAGGAUUCACACUCAUGUCUGUGGGAUUCUGGCGGCACGAGCGCUCCAUCAUCAAAGAUUAUGUCGGGCGAUAUCCGGUCCUGAUGGAGCAGGUAAUUCGAACACAAUUCCCGUACUCGAACAUGCCCAAGCAACUCUCAGCCGAGCAAUGGCUGCAGCAGGGCAGCCUUUCUGCGAUCAGCUGGUGUAUACUUGCGGCACAGACUGCAGCCCCCUUGAUUCAAGAGCAUGAAGACUCCAAGCUAAGAAGCAUUCUGGAAGCAGAGCUGGAAUCCUCGUGA